AGGAAACUGUGACGAAUGAUAUCAUUUGAGAUACCGGUUUUACCCUUUGCGGGGUAGCCAAUAACUCCACGAUGCCCCCUCGGAUGUUAGACUACCCCUUGGAAUCUCUAACUAUUCAUUAUACAGACUUUUUCAUAACAAGGGAUUCAAUAUGGAAACAAGCUGGAGCGGAUCGAUAGAGAAGCUGCCGCCUAUGAAAUUACCGGCCGGCAUCACGGAGGACUACAUCGGGUGCGAAGACUCAUGCGGCCUCACUUGGCACGUUUUGAAGGCCGGCAAGUCCGGGAACCCGCUAGUACUAUUCUGCCACGGAUACCCGGAGCUCGCGUACUCAUGGCGAAAAGUGCUGCCAGCAGUCGCCGCGGCCGGGUAUUAUUGCGUGGCCAUGGACCAGCGAGGAUACGGUCGCACAACGGGAUGGCCGCGGCGUUCGUUCCAUGAGGUCGAGCUAAACGACUACGUCUUCACGAACCUGGUGCGCGAUCUGGUUUGCCUCGUCUAUCGGCUGGGAUACACGGAGGUCUUCAGCAUCGUAGGGCACGACUUUGGUGGUGUUAGCUCGGCCAUGGCGGCGCUCAUGCGCCCGGACGUUUUUAAAUCGACGGUACAGCUAUCGCAUCCCCAUCACGCGGUCCCAAUACCACGGCUCGGGGACCGACCUGGGAGGACCAAGCUUGACAUCCAGGCUGAAUUAGCUAAGCUGAACCCGCCGCGGAAACAUUACAAGUGGUAUAAUUCAACUCCCGAGGGGGCGGCGGAGUGGGACAGUCCACCCCAGGGACUGGAGAAGUUCCUGCGUGGCUACUUCCACUUGAAGUCUGCAGCAUGGGCUAAGAAUGAUCCGCAUCCGCUUGAGGAGUGGAGCGCGGAGGCAAUAGCGGUAAUGCCUGAGUAUUAUGUUAUGCAGAAAGACCAGUCGAUGCCGGACGCAGUUGCGCAGAAUAUGGUCGGCGAAGAUUAUUCUAAGACCGAGGAGUGGUUGUCCCUAGAUGAUCUGCAAGUGUAUUGCGAGGAGUGGGAACGUACGGGGUUCCAAGGCGCACUUAACUGGUAUCGUGCACAAACAGCCUCGACGCCGCAGUCAGCCCGGGACAUGCUUCUUUAUGCUGGCAAGAAAAUCGAGGUUCCAUGCACAUUUAUCAGCGGGAAGCAGGACUGGGGAAACUUUCAGCAGCCCGGGGCUCUCGAGGGUUACGAAGAUGCGAAAGCGGUCAAAGCAGGGUGCUUUAGGGGUACGACGCUGGUGGAUGGUGCUGGACACUGGGUGCAACAGGAGAAGCCAGAAGUGGUGAUCGAAGCGAUCCUGGCUUUUUUCAAGACGCUGUAAUCUAAAGUCACUCCACUUCGUCUUUUGAUAAUACCGCUUAAUAAAUAGAGUCUUGCUUUGUG